UUUUUCAGUUGCCACCCUAGCGCAGAGCCAUCUGCAAAUCUACGUCGUCGUCGGGCUUUCCCUCUCGAAGGAGAGAGAGAGAGAGAGAGAGCGAGGCCAGUGAUCUUCAUCGAUGGAUCCCGACUCGGUGGCGAAGGCGUUCGUGGAGCACUACUACAGCACGUUCGACGCGAACAGAGCAGGCCUCGCGAAUCUCUACCAGGAGGCUUCGAUGCUCACGUUCGAAGGGCAGAAGAUCCAGGGAUCUCAGAAUAUCACCGCCAAGCUCACCUCCCUACCCUUUCAGCAGUGCCAGCACAGCAUCACCACCGUCGACUGUCAGCCCUCUGGUCCCGCCGGCGGCAUGCUCGUAUUCGUCUCCGGUAACCUCCAGCUCGCUGGCGAGCAGCACCCCCUCAAGUUCAGUCAGAUGUUCCAUUUGAUGCCAACUCAACAGGGAAGCUUCUAUGUUCUGAAUGAUAUAUUUCGGCUUAAUUAUGCUUGAAACUGCAGCACAUUGUUAGAUUUCGGGCUGUUGUCAAAGCUCCCUUUCGCUCCUAAGGGUUGCCUCCUCCGCAUGGUGAUGUGAGAUUUGGGAUUUGGGCUUGUUUGGUUUUCGGUUUGGUUUGUACUGUGUUUCUGUCGUCAAGUCUUGCCUUAUUAAAGACCCACUUUUUCCCUUAUAAAAGAUUAAUUAUGUAUUCCAAUGAUGAAAGACUGCUUUUGGUACUUUUUUGUUGCUCAUGAUGAUGUUUUAAUCAUGAUCAUCGCAAGGGGCAACCUUUGGUAUCAUUAUGUCACUGAAUAAAUUUCAUUUUGUUUGUGGGUC